UCCUACAAUUUUAUUGAGAAGUUGAAAGGGAUCCAUGUAAUGAAGAAAUUGAAGAUUCUCUACAUGUCUAAUAACCUAGUGAAAGACUGGGCUGAAUUUGUGAAGUUGGCAGAAUUGCCGUGCCUGGAAGACCUGGUGUUUGUAGGCAAUCCCUUGGAAGAGAAACAUUCU